AUGGAGGAGGAUUCUUACAACUUCGCAACCACUAUAUUAACGUCAAAAUCACCUCAACAGGCUGCUGCGAUUUUGCCUAGUAUCAUAACAGGGUCUACAGGGUUGAACAAAGAUUUAGUAUCAUGGUUUAAUAAUUACAACACGGCAAUUGGUGCACACAAUGCGUCAUUGAAACAGUUACUCGAAGAAGCUAAAAAGAUUGCUGGUCGCAGCAGUGUUGGAUUUAACAAUUUUCCACGUAAUUGGAACUGCUUGGUAAAUGCAGUCCAAAUGGAACUUAAAGACAAUGAAAUAUUGCAGGAGAAUUUGAAGCAAGACGUAAUUAUUCCAUUGAAAAACUUGAUUGAAAAUGAUGUACGGAUUUCGGAGUUAACUGUAAACGGACAAGAAUUGACUGAACUUAGUCAACAUCUAACUAAGGAAGGCGAAUAUCAAUGGAACUUCAAAGCACCUCAAGCGUUUCAGAACUUGGAGGCAUUCAAAAAGAUUGAAAUUCAAUUGAUGUUUAACGUAAUUUUGAAUUAUUUUCAACUCAAUAGUGCUAGAUUGAAUAAGGAAGUCAAGAACAAUGAAAACUCAACCAACUACUUAUUGGGAAGUUUCAAGUUGGAUAAUGAAAUGAAGAGUCAAUUGGACUAUAUGCAAAAUACACAAUUUCACUUGCCACAGCAAAAUGCCAGUCAAAAUCGUGCAGAAGUAACCAGUUCAGGUGCAGGACACGUUGCAGGAUCAAGUACCACUCCAUUAAAAGAGAGAAGAAGAAGCUCAUUGGGUCGACUUGACAAACACGCAGGAGCUCAUGAUGAAAAUUCGCCAAAGAAAUCAUCCAAAUUGAAAUCAAGGGUUGGAUCUAUAUUUGGUAGAAAGAAAAAGAAGGAUCAACAUCAACCACAACUUGAAUCUACUAUUGCAGAAGAUGCAUCUAUUUCCACUGAUGCAUCAACCUCCAGGUCAGCACCAUUGUCUAGGAACAACACUUCGAGAUCUUUCCUUAGUAGGGAACAAAGAUACGAUUCUCCUGCUGCAGAUCAACGUCGUCCAUCUCAAGCAGGUCAAUUACAACAUCAACAAGAGCAACCGCAAACACCUUUCCCCCCAUUGAAGCCACAGCAGCCACAAGAAAUCCAUAAACAACCUCAACAACCUCAACAACCUCAGCAACUUCAGCAACUUCAGCAACCUCAACAACCUCAGCAAUUCCAACAGCUUCAACAACAACAGGAAUUUGGAUCUGGUGCGACCUCUCAACAAUUCCCUCCUCCACAACAGCAACGCUCGAAUGUGUCUUCGCAACCUUUUGCAGCUCCAAGGCAUAGUUCAUUUGCCUCACUGCAACAGCAAGAUAGUUACAAAGACGCUGCAUUACCAGCUACUCCAACACACGACAGAGCAUGGACAAAGCCGUUGCCUCAACCAACGGAAUCUCCAAAUGUUGUUAAAUAUGGCAGUGACGAUGAUGAUGAUGAUGAUAGCGAAGACAAUGUGACCGCAGGAAGAAGAUCUUCGUUACUUGAAAGACACCAUUUGGAUACUGGAAACCAAGCUGAUGUAAGAGCAAGUGGUUUUGCUGCUCCUCAACUGCAAUCAUCUAAUGUCGGUAGUGGAUUACUUGACCCUAAUGAGAGAGCAAGACAAAACAGUGAUGGAAAAUAUUCAUUUGAAGCCGGUGAUGACAACAAGCCAAUCUCUGCAACCCCAAGAAGUGAGCAGAAUGGGUUCAAUGAAGGUGACAGAAUUUCUGACAGUAUUGCUUCAGCCGAAGGACGCAGAGGGAUUGAUAAUAAAGAUUUUGACGCAAUCUCAUCAAGAGACGAUGAGUCUUCGAAAUUAGCUGGUGAAUCUGGCGUAGCAACAACUUCACCAAAUAGAGAUGCAUUUGCUCCACAUAGCUAUCCUUCAUCCAACACUACUUCGUCAUUAACUGGAUUUGGUGGUGCAGCUCCACCAAAGCCUCCUCCAUCGAGAAAAGUUGUGCAUCAUGAUGCAGGUUCAGUGAGAGAUUCUCAUAUGUUUCAUAAUCUACCAGCAGCAACUACAAACAGCUCUAUAAGAGAUUCUUUUGUUCAACCACCAAGACCAUCAUCAAGGAACUCUCACUUGAACAAUCCAUUUGCUGCAUUAAAGAGACAAGAUACUGGUUCAUUAUUAAACAAUGAUUUCAAACAUUUCAAUUUAUCUGAUGCUACUAUUGGAUUAAACUCAUCAAUUGCUGAAAUUGUCAACGCCACUUUCAAAGAUGGACAAUUGAAAUCAUCGCAAGUCAUUGGUGAAGUUGCUUUUAAUUAUAAUGGACAUCCGAAUGAAGAAUCAAUCAUUGUUCAUAUUCCGCAUGAUUAUGAUCGAUUGAUUGUCAACAAGACAUUUAUUGAAGAAUUGGGUGAUUAUGAUUACAAACUUGAUCCAAUAUCAAUCGGUUCUAAAACAUUGGGUGGAUUGAAGUAUUUGGCAAAUGAUAAUCAAGUGCCAUUGCUUGUUCAACAAAUUUGGAAAUUUGAACCUCAUCAAUCAAGUUUAAUGAUUAGUAUUAGGUUAAAUGUGAAUGAGACUCUCGAAGUUGAAAAUUUGAUUGUUUCUGCAGCUUUGAAUACCGAUGUUGUAGCAACGUCAGCAUCAUCAAAACCACAAGGUGCUUUCAAUAAAGAAAAGAACAGAAUUACAUGGAGAUAUACUCAUCCAGUGGUUUUGAAACCUCAUGGGGAAGAGAAAUUGAUUGCUAGGUUUAUGACUAAUGGACAAGGGUCCGAACAUGAACUGGGUGUGCAAUUAAAGUUUGCUAUUGGUAAUCCGAGUGCUAUCAAGUAUUGCUCGAUUUAUGAUAGCCAAGGUGAAGAAGUUCCUGUUUUCAGAAACCUUGUUAGCGGUCAUUACGCAAGUCACUUUGAAUAA